CCAGCCAAUACCCCGAGCUCCCAAAGCCCUAGACCUCCGCUGCCCGCCCGCGCGGCCGCAAUGGAGGACGAGGAGAUGGAGAAGAAGGUGCAGCAGUACCUGCAGCGCAAGGGCUUCCGCCUCGCGGAGCUCGCGCUGCACGAGGAGCGCAACCGCCUAUCCACCGCCUCCUCCUCCUCCUUCUCAGAGGCCGCGCUCUCCAGGUCCGAAAACGAUCCAGCGAGGUACUAUGAUGGCUACAGUAAACUAAGAACAUGGGCAUACAGUUCUCUUGAUCAAUACAAGCAUGAAUUACUCCGCAUUCUUUAUCCACUGUUUAUCCACUGCUUUAUGGAUCUAGUGGCAGAGGGGCAUACGCAGGAAGCUCACUCAUUUUUCCACACAUUUCGUGAAGACCAUGAGCAUUCGAGGGAUCUCAAGAAGCUGGAAGGCAUUCUUUCUCCUUCACACUUGGAGGUAGAAAUGGAAGUGGCUCGAUCUUUAAGGGAAAAUAAAUUCAGAAUUAAGCUAUGUGGGUCUUCAUAUGACUUGCUUCUCCAGUAUCUCCACAAAACACAAGCCCUUGUGUUGCUUGGAAUAAUCAAUGAACGCAUAACUUUUGAAGUAUCCUCUGGGAAGUCUCCAUUAAUCGCUGAUGACUCAGAUGCAGCUGUUCUGAUUGGAACUAGCAAGGACUUGAGGAAACAGAUAAAUCAGAAGGAGGUGCAUUGGGGGAUGCUUGAAGAUUCACUUGAAGAACGAAUGGAGAAGGCAAUUUCAGAUUCUGAUAAAACUGAAACAGAAAGCAAAGAUGCAGACACAGAAGACAACAAGAAAAGAUCCUUAGAAGGUGGAAAGCAGGCUGGUUUGCAUAAAAAGAUCAAAAAGGACAAGCUUGUAGGAGCCGCAGGGAAAAACAUGAAAUCUGAAACUAGCAUGGUUUCUGUGGCACCACGUGUUAAACCAGAGCUAACACUUCCAGUGACAUCUGUUGAAGUUGAGCAGUCAAUUCUUGAGGACUUGCGAAACCGUGCACACUUGAAUAGCUUGGCAUUGCCAUCUGUCAGCUUCUACACAUUCCUUAAUACACAUAAUGGGUUAAAUUGCUCAUCGAUUUCGCAUGAUGGUUCAUUGGUCGUCGGUGGAUUCGCGGACUCAUCAGUGAAGGUUUGGGAUAUGUCAAAGAUUGGCCAGCCUCCCAAAACAUCUUGUUCACAAGGAGAGAAUGGGCAUUCCCAGGGUGAGCGUGUAUCGACAUCAGAUGAAGGGAGAAAAUCCUAUACAUUAUUCCAAGGUCAUUCUGGACAAGUUUAUUCUGCCACGUUUAGUCCAAUUGGGGACUUCCUCUUGUCAUCAUCCUCUGACUCAACAAUCCGCUUAUGGAGUACCAAGCUGAACGCGAAUCUUGUUUGCUACAAAGGACACAACUACCCUGUUUGGGAUGUCCAAUUUAGUCCAGUUGGUCAUUACUUUGCUAGUGCUUCGCAUGACAGGACAGCUAGAAUUUGGUCAAUGGAUAAAAUCCAGCCUUUGAGAAUAAUGGCUGGGCAUUUAUCUGAUGUUGAUUGUGUGCAAUGGCACGUCAACUGCAAAUACAUUGCCACUGGCUCUAGUGACAGAACUGUAAGACUAUGGGAUGUUCAAACCGGUGAAUGUAUAAGGAUGUUUAUUGGCCAUAGAAGUAUGGUUUUAUCAUUGGCAAUGUCUCCUAAUGGGCGAUACAUGGCUUCUGGAGAUGAAGAUGGAACCAUCAUGGUGUGGGAUAUAUCUUCUGGUCGUUACAUCUCACCACCAGUGGGACACAACUCUUGUGUCUGGUCACUUGCAUACAGGAUUUAUUUGGAAGGUUGCGCAAUUUUAGAUUUCUUUAAAUGAUAUCAGUCAUAAGGGCAUUAGAAACCAGAAUUGGCUGCUUCUGCCUUUUGCCUUUUUUGUUUUAGAGCUGGGCUUUGGGAUAUACAAGUGGAAGCAAAUUGGAGUAUUUUGGUACAGCUUUAAUUUGGAAGUUUUUAUUAGAAGGGUGAAGGAGUCGUAACGGUAGCAAAAACAUCCACAUGGUUGUUUUCAGUUUCAAUGUGCAGUGACCAGCUGUUAACUGACGAUUUUUGGAACCCUGGUGACAUUUUUUUUUAACCCUGUAAGAAUAUGUUGAUCCCUCAGUUAAUGAUUGCUACUUUUCUAUGUAAUUUUUUUUUACCAUCAACAGCUCAGUACUACUUUGCUAUGUAAUUUUUUUGAGUGAAUUGCACUUUGGGUCACAAUUUAAUACCUAAGUUUCACUUUGGACCACCUAUAAACCUAUCUUUUCAUUUUGGACCGUGUAAAUUUGGCACCGUUGCAGUUUGGACCACCCCAAACGAUUUUUCAGUACACAUCAACCACCUUAAACACAUCAGUACUGUCAAGGUCAUCGGGUCCCCGGGUAACAGGACCUCAGCUACGUAGUUCAUAGUCGCGAUCCGUCUUCUCUGGCGAGGUUUUACCCCUCUGCCGUAGGAUUAGUUGUAGAACAGAGGAAGAAUCGAUGACUAAUAUCUGCUUGAAUUUUAUCCAACAUGUGGUUAGAGGAAUAUAUAGCCCAAGGCCUCAACCAAUUAUUUCUAAACUUAAGGAACUAAAAUAGUAUAAACCAAUCUCUCUUUCCUAAUUUAUCCUCAACCAAUCAUUCCUAAACUUAAGGAACUAAAAUAGUAAACCAAUCUCUCUUUCCUAAUUUAUCCUCAACCAAUUAUUCCUAAACUUAAGGAACUAAAAUAGUAAACCAAUCUCUCUUUCCUAAUUUAGCCACUCGUGGCGGUUUCCUUUUGCGCGGCGUCGCACGCGCUACGUGCGCCCCCAUAUGACAAGUACACUGAUGACCUACCAUCUAUGUAUAGUCAAUAUAUUUUCUGAAAGGGAGCAUGAUGAGAAGUUGUUCAGGGUGGUCCAAACCACAACAAUUGCAAAUUUACUUGGUCCAAAGUGAAAAUAUAGGUUUAAGGGUGAUUCAAAGUGAAACUUGGAUAAUAAAAGACGGCCGAAACUGCAAUUUAAUCUAUUUUUUUAUGGUCAAUAGUUCAGCCUUUUUCGUUGACUAUAUGCUUUGAAUUUCUCAAAUAAAUCAACAAGAUUAGUACAGGCUUCAAAAUGUUAUCAUUGCAUUCGCAUGUCAACCUCGCUUUUAGCAGCAUAAAAACACACAGUUAGUUACAAGUGAAGCUGUUGGUUACAAACUUACAGGUGAUUACAUAUGGAACAUUUUGUUUAAACUAUCCUGUAAAUGAUCCUUUAUUGUUAUGCUUUUCUUUCUGCUUUAUGUGAUGUAAGGUCACUUUUACUCAUACAAUGCUUCCUAUGUAUCUUGUAUAUGUUUUGUAUAUACAAAUGCUCGCUGUUAUUUCUUUCAUAGGGUGUAAGUCAUGAUGUGUUGUUCUGUGAUAUCUGUAAGCUGCAUUCUGCAGUAGUUAUAGGAAGAAAUAUGGUUGAUCUCUGUUAAUAUAUUCUGCAA